CGAUUCUGGCGAAGAACAGUAGCAUUCCAAGUGCGGAUAUACAGGCCCUUCAACACCUACCUCGCGACAACCUUCUUGUGCACUUCGAGCUCCAUUGGGAUCUUCGAUCCAGGCAUUGUCCCAAUGAUAUCUCGGACAAUGUAUUCCGCUCUUACAAUCCCGCUCUGAAUGGAGAUGGAGAUAUGAGUCGAGGUCGCAAAACAAAACAUCGAAACCACGCACUCGGCACCCAUUCUCCUCUUCCUCCUCGUGUGCAGACAACCACUCAACAUGCGGGCCUCCGUUGCUCCCGUGCCCCGACAUCGCUGCGAUCAUGUGACCAAAGCCGUGAAAGUCGACCGGCUUGCCGUUCACGGUCGCUUUAAGGGAUCGCGAGAAGGUCUGAUCGAGCGCGGCGAGCGUCAGCUCGUGCGUCGGUGCGGUAAAAGUGGAGCCAAUGUGUGUGCGAGACCACUCGCAGAGUGAGGGGAGGGUCUUUGAUGUGUUUUGCAUUUCCGGUCCUUCUUUCAUCCAACGGAUAAAAUUCGCUUAAUUUUCCCCGCAUGUCUCCGCAUGUGUACUGGAUUCCCUACUUAGAGCAGCUGUGCAUGGCGCCCGGUUCGCGGACGAUAUCUGUUACAUACGCAUCCAGAGUAAGGAAGUGAGAGAAUAUGAUGCGAAGAAGCGAGAUGACGGCACCCAU